GCCUGCCAAACUCAGGCCAGUGUUGCAUAUUGAUUUAUACUGGCUAUAACAACGGAACGGAAUAAUCGGCGUAGGAACCCGGUACAGUACUCACAAACAAUCUACAAGCCGGACCAUGUCACAGAUCUUCUCUAUUUGUAUCUACACUGAUCCCGAUUCAAGAUCUAACACAUCACUUCUUGGCACGUAUACUGCAAUCUGAGGAGAAAGUUCCUGAAAUCCGCCAGGUACAUGUCCGGAGAUCAGCCAAAGCAAAGACAAGGCCAGAGUCAAACAGUGAGAGUACUUCUUCCUAAUUACUACCAAGAUGCCGCAAAAGACAGUUCAGCAUUUGGAUGCAUACAUUAAGGCAACAGCCGUCGUGUACAAUCACUCCAACACCAAACUCAUCAGCAGGAAGACUAAAGUCAAACCAAGGAGGAAACAAGCUUUCCUGUCUGGACUGCAUUUCAGAAAAACGUCUUCUGAUGAUUACUAUGCAAAGAGGAGACCAUUGAAACGAUGGAUUCGACGAGAAUCGAGAGGCACUCACCAAAGUCAGAGUAAUACCGAAGACGUAAAACAGAAACUGCAUCUCUUUGUCCGGACUUCCCUUUCAAAAAAACCCAAGACACUUUACUUUGAACUCCAUCCCGAGACAUUGGCCUCAUCUCUUAAGGAAACAAUCCAGAAGAGAAUCGGUGUUGAGGCACGAUAUCAGCGUCUGUACAUCAGGAGAAACUUCCAGCUGUGUGACCUACUCACACUUGAGGAAAAUGGUGUCGGCAAGGAUGAAAUCAUCUCUCUCCAUCUUUCAGUAGAUGGCCCAAAUGAUGACAGUGUAGCAAAAGACAAAGCCAACAUUGAAGAUGAGUACCUCAAGGACUUGUCGUCGAAAAGUGAAUUAUCAUGGAAGGAACUAGCUGAACAUCUAGGAUAUGCAGAAGCGGAAAUUGCAGACAUCCAAUCCAGCAACGAAGGCAGCAAUGAAGCUGGCCGUCACAUGCUACUCACUUGGUGGGAAAAGACGGCAGAUCGCGACGAAGCAGCUCAGAAGCUGAGACGAGCAUUGGAGGCCAUUGGGUUGACUGAUUUGGCCCAAAAUGUACCAGUAACGAAUGAAUCAAGAGACGAAGCAGCUAGACCCGUGCCAGACAGGCGUCAUGAUUCAGGAGUUGACGAGGAGAACAAAGAAAGCAAGGUGACAUCAACCAAGGAAAAGACACAGAAAAGUUUCAGUUAUGUGCAAGUCUUCAUCCGGUGUAACCUGACACAAAAGCCCAGAACGCUUUGUUUCCAAUUGGAUCCAGAGACAUCUGUCUGGUGCUUAAAACAGAUAUUAAACGAGAUCAUCAGUGUCCAUCCUCAACAACAACGAUUGUUCAUCCGAAGAAACUCUCGCAACUUUGAGCUUUGUAACUUGCUGACACUUUAUGACUAUGGAAUACAACAUGACGAGAAUAUCUCACUCCGCCUGUGUACUGAUGGCCUACUGGGCGGUGGACCAAAAGCGGAAAUAUCAGAGCUGACUCUCUCCGAUGUUGUUCGGAGGCUUGGUCACGAUUGGAAGGAACUUGCAACACAUCUUGGCUUCACAUCCGCAGACAUCUCAACCUUCGAGGCUGACAACCCAGGCAAAGUCUACUAUCAGAAAUUCCAGAUGCUCGUAGCAUGGCGACAAAGGCAGCCCACCAUUGGAGGUCAGAUGGACGUGUUGUGUGCAGCAUUGACCAGGAUCGACAGAACUGACAUCGUCACGUUCCUUCAAGGACGUCAUAAGAAAUCAAGGCAGCCCGUUGGCACUCAGCCUGCUGAUGAUGCUGGUACUUCCACCAGGCCGUCUACUAGCCAUGGCGUUGGCGUAUCAGACGACACCUCAAGUUCGGAAAUAUCAGAACCGACUCUCUCCGAUGUCGCUCGGAGGCUUGGUCACGAUUGGAAGCGACUUGCAACACAUCUUGGCUUGACAUACACAGACAUAUUGACCUUCGUGGCCGACAACCCAGGCAAUGUCUACGAUCAGAAAUUCCAGAUGCUCGUAGCAUGGCGACGACGGCAACCCACCAUUGGAGGUCAGAUGGACAUGUUGUGUGCAGCAUUGACCAAGAUCGACAGAAAUGACAUCGUCAUGUCCCUUCAAGGUCCUACUGGUGGAUUUGCACCCCGUACUGAUCAGACAAAUAUCCAGCAGCUUGUUAUGGAGUACAACAAGGAUACAACAAGCACCAUCCCUGCACAUCCCUUGGAUCCUUCCAGGACUUUGGAUAUUGACCAGUUUUCUGAACUAGAGCUCACUCAGAAAGUAGAAGUUUGGGAUAACCUGUCAAAAUUGCCUGAUCAAUUAACGGCACUUUACACACAGUUUGCUGAUGUUCUGGUCAGUCGCCGUUGCAAUGAAGGCGAGGAUCAGGUGGCACUGAUGAAAUCAAUCGUGCGUGGACUGGGACCAGUCGCUCUUACUGGCUUGCUAGACCCCAAGGGGGAAAGGCUGGUGUUCUCCUCAGAGGAAUUUGAAGAGAAGGCCCUGGAGGAUGGGUGUCGAUUUGGUUUCCUUCAACAAGAAAGUUUCACGAGUGGCUUGAAGAAGAUGAAGGUAGUAUCUUUCGUACACAAGUCUAUGCAAGAAUACUUCGCAGCAUACUACUUUGCCAAUUUGCAUCACGCAAACGAAGAUGAGUUUCAUGAGAAGUUGCAGCAGAUCAAUCCAGGCAAUGUCCAUGCAAUGGAAUAUCUGCUUCGGUUUGCAUGCGGUAUAUCAUCAGGGUCUCUGGCUACUGCGCUCAUCCUCGAGCACGUACAAAAACAACGUAGCAAGGCAGAAUUCUUUCCCGAGAUUAAACUGCAGCAACUGACGCACCUGUGUUUAUUGGAGUCUGGUUGUGGCAAACUGGCUGAUAAGCUAGACCGACCAACUAAAGCGAAAUGUGAUAGUCAGGAGGAUCUGUUAGCAAUGCGCUAUUACUUGCAGUGUCUCCGUCAGCCACUAGUAGAACUUAAAGACUUAACUGUCCGCUGCAUAUCGCAUGAAGAAUUGGCGCCGUUGAGGGGAAUUGAUAGCCUACUGCAUGAUGACACAAAGGUACGCAUUGAUUUAUGGAUCAUCGGUAGAUUGUAUGAAUGCCUGAAGCUGCUGGGUGAGAUACUACCGAUUGAUAACAUCAGGUCAAUCAGGAGAUUUCGGGUGUAUGUCGAGUACACCGUGGGGGACAAACCAGACGAGGAGAUGCAGACAGCCGUAGUGGUGGACGAGAGGCUUCGUGAUCAAAUAGAGCUGACACUGGACAUUGGUGAGAAAUUUCACGUUGAUGAACGUGUGUUAGGAUCCCUGUCUCGUGUAUGCAAGCAGAUCAUUAAGGAAGUCAGGCUGCGGCGGAGAACGUAUGAUGACGUCAUUAGACUAGCGAAUGCACUGGCUGGUUGUGAUAGGUUGAAUCGCGUAGAUGUGUCCCAUACCAACCUUCACGGCCAUCUGGCUGGUCUAGCCCCUCUUGUUCCUCCAUCCCUGGUGUCAUUGACAUUACGCUCAUGUGGACUGAAUGAUGAUGACGUCCCUGACCUGAUCAGCAUCCUCCCUGCCGGGCAUGGUUUGAGGUGGCUUGAUGUUGGUGACAAUGCAUUCAGUGUGGUUGGAGUGCAGACUCUUACUGCUCAUCUCAGGAAUAUGCCUAAACUAGGACUUCGUGAAUUCACGCCCCUUGCCUUCCACCUCAGCAUGUCUACGAACGUAGCUUGGCAUUACAGUGCUUGCUUGCCUCUACACAAUCGGUACCCGGUUCACAUCUUUGCAAAUGUGGAAUGA